AUUUCAUUAAUUUAAUUGCAGACAUACAGAACAGAAAAAUCAUUAAUAUUAGUAAGUGGUUAGGUUAUAUCGAUACUAGUAACAUCGUGUUUCCUUGUAUCGACCCAAGAAUUGUCGCUAGCGUAGUAUGCUCGCCAAUCUCCAUGGUAACCAAGUAGUAAACAAGGAUUGCAGUUGUUUUUGGUGGAGCGAAGCCGAUUUCGUUGGAGUGCAAUGCAUUAAGUACUGCUUGAUUCUGUUAUUUUUGUGGUGGGAGUCCAUACUGGACAUUGUUUACGGCAUGGAGUUUUCAAGGGAAGAGCUGUGUGCACAAGAAACAAGUGCCACAACAAUAACUGACACUUCGGAAACAUAUCAGAUUCGUCCGGAUCUUGACUAUAAGUUCAAGACAACAAUGGUGAAAGAAAUGAUCCAUAGUGUUCUCAAUGAUGAAUUAGGAGGCAAAACUUACAACAAAGAUGAAGCUGAAGUCUGGAUAAAAGUUAUUGCCAACACUCUACGUGGCAAAGUAAGAGAGAUGCCAUUCAAAAAAUACAAAUAUAUUGUGCAAGUGGUUAUUUGUGAGCAGCAUGGAGCUGGUGUGAAAAUUGGUGCAAGAUGUUUAUGGGAUGCAGAUGCAGACAACUAUGCUUGUGAUACAUUUAUUAAUGACACUAUAGUUUGUAUGGCAGUAAUAUUUGCAGUGUAUUUCUAUUGAUUACUUACUGCACAAAAACUUUGGUAAGCUGUGUGCAUACAGUCUAACGUUUAUACUCAUUUUCUUUUGUGCUGAAGAUUUAUUUGAUCUGUUUAUAUGUUGAAAAGUAAUGAUAUUAUGGUGUGUUGCACAGUUACAUCCAUAGGAUGAAGUUGAAUGUGUGAAAUAAACUUGUACGCAUAAUUUAUUUCAUAAAAAAUUGGUUCUGAUAUUCUGUAUCAUGAAUUAAUGUGGUGACCUAA